AUGGAGGCGCCUCUCGAGCCGUCCGCACUGUCAUCAUAUCUGAGUAUCCAAAAGGCUCUGACGGCGGUCAGAAAGGACGGGAAAGGGAACCAGCUGGGCUGGGUCCCCUUCCGUCCCGAGCAACUGGAGUACUACCCGGAGAAGCCUGCGGACUGGGAGUCUGCUUGUGAGCAGCAGUGCGAAAAGCUGGGCAUCGACUUUGGCGAAAUAAAAAGUCACCUGGAGUGGGCGACGGGACUUGCGGGGUCUAUUGAGAAGGGCCAGAAGGCGUUCUGCUACGGCGCGGUGCAUCGGUUUCCGGAUCAUGACGUCAGGCACGCGCAGCUGGUCGUCAACCCGACCGCGGCUGCGCCUGCAAAGAAAGCGAAGGCAAGGUCUCAACUCGAGGGCGGUGAGAAAGGGCGUUCUUUCGAGGUUAACUUAACCGACUUUGACGUGGUCGCCCUCCUGCCGCACUGCUCCCCUGCUCCUUUUGGCGACCUGCUCACAGAGUCGACCAAGCUGGACCCCGACGUCCGGAGAGCGCUCGAAGCGCACUGCGACGUGAAGCUGGACUACAAGUACGAAGGCCGAGAAGAAUAUUCCUUUUCUUACCGGCAGAGGGAGACGAAGUAUCCCCGGCCCGUCUUCGAGCAUUAUUUGAAGGAGGCCGUGAAGGAUCACCUGAGCCAUGGGCAGGAGGUCAAGCUGGUGCCCUACAAGCUCAACAUCUACGGAGAGGGCGACUUUUUCAACCUCGCACCGAUCAAUCAACCAACCCGCAUCGGAGAGGGCGACUUUUUCAAGCCUCACACCGACACGCCCGUCAGCCCCCGCCUGUUCAUCGGCACCGUCGUGGUGUGCCUGCCGUCCGCGUUCUCCGGCGGGGAGCUCCUCGUAUCCCACGGCGACACGUGUCAAACGUUCGACUUCGCCGCCAAGUCCGGCGAACCCGGGCUGUACCAGUUCGCCGCGUUUUACGGCGACUGCCUGCACGAGAUCCGGCCCGUGACGCAGGGCCGCAGAGUGACGCUGACGUAUCACGUCUUGCGCAAGGAGGCGCGAGAGGGCCAGGAAGACGGCGAUGACGUCAUCUACCCGAGCGAAGACGGCAAGGUGUCGGAGUUUCCGCUGCCAAGCGGCGACGCCGUGCCGGAAAAGCUGACGGCGGAGCUGACGUCGGAGCUGCGCGCGCUUUCGGAGCUGGGGUACCCCCACGUGGGCUUCCUUCUGCAGCACGAGUACACCAUGAGCGGUCUCGGCCCGGAGGGCCUGAAGAGCAGCGACAAGUUCCUGUUCGACCUCCUCUCCCGGGCGUGGCCGUGCCGCUUCCUGCCGGUUCUUUAA